CGUCACAGUAAACACUUCACGCACCAAACAACAGAAAACCUUCACGUGUUGCACCUCCCACCGGUCUCUUGCCUUCAUUCAAACCCAGAUUGUCGACAGCACCACCUAAAGAGUUAAAGAGGCAAACUAGUAAAACUAGUUCUAGGACCUCUGUACUAAGCAAGACCUCACAAGAAGAUGGCGGGUUGCAAGAAAUCGAUAUCCAGGAUUUGCGGCCACAUAGCAAGAGUCAAGUAGCCACUGGAAGUUUAGUGGAGAAUGUGGAGGAUGGCGGCGAUCAGUUUCUUGCCUUGUGCGAGGAGCACGACCUCUCUGGUAUAGAUAGUCCGGACUCUUCCGAUGAUGAAAGCGACCACCUCCCAACUCAACUUCAGUUCUCGAAUGUAUCUGCUACAGUAGUCAAGACACCCGUUUCCUCAGCCACGGUUCACAAGGCACCAAAAGGCAAGACUGCGAGCUCAAGGACACCAAUGUCAAUACCCAGCACGCCCAACGUCUCAGACGAGCCACUGUCGCUUCCUACAUGGGCAGUGAGGAAAUGGCGUGUCGAAUUCUUGCAAACAUUAUACUCCCGAUGGAUGGCCGAUGAUAAUCCUUUCGCAAACUUCAGAAAAGGGGAUACGAAGUUGACAGAGAUAAUUCAAGAGGUGGUUGAUGCCGUAUACAUCGAUGAAGAAUAUACAGUCGAUGGAUCCAAAGACGACGCCAUCUAUCAUAUUGCCUAUGACCGUGUCCGUGAAAAAAUAUCCGGUAUAGGGCGAUACACGCUCACCCUUGUCAAGCAACAUUUCGAACAGCAAUAUUACAAAAACAAACCAACUCGAAUCAGGAAGUAUGCUAAGUGGGCUAUGAAACCAAACGGCCCUGGAAUUUGUGAAGAGCCCGCACCCCAGCCCCUUUCUUCAUUGUCAAGCUCGGAUCCACUGUAUCAGAAAGCACGCGGCAUCUGUCUAUCGCCAUUCAUGGUUGAUACCAUGAAGGAGUUCAUACGGCAUGGGGCAGGAUCUGUCGAGUAUCAUGGAAACUUUAUCGGUUUGGUUGCACUAUCAGCAGCAGCAGUAACCCGGGCAUUCAGAAUGUACUCAAUCGACGGCAUAUUCACGAAGUCGGCAGGUUCUGACUUCGCCGAGGUUUAUUGGAAUGACGUCGUACUCUCGUUCAUUGCCAGCGCAAAGACCUUUUCCGGAAACCAAUGGCAGCGUAUCAGAGACAAACUUGGUGUCGCCGAGGGGGAAUCUGAUCUCGGCCAUCCCAUCCAACCCAAAGUUGAGGUUUCGUUCUACGACACUGUUGCUGAGCUUUACACCCCGAGCAGUCCAUGAAAUCUGGUACUGUUUUACUGUUCACCUGCCCGUUCAUCCGACUCCUCUCCUACAAUACAUGCAAUCCGAAUUUCUAGUAUCUCAUUUCCCCCACCUGCACUCGUUCAAUCCACCUCGUUCCUCACGAUCCUUUCCGUAGUCUAUGCAUCAGCAUCCUAAUUAUCAUUUGCUUCCCCAUUCUUUUAUUUAUAAUAUCGCUGACUAUAUUCAUAUCUAUUAUCUACCAUACAAAGAAAUCUAAUGUUUUACUGUAAAGAUGGA